AUGAUCAAAAAGAAAGAAACUCUACGGCGAAAAAUCCGCCGCGGAACAAAUUUUGCUGCACUUGUACAGAAAUACAAGAAAUUCCGCCGUACAUCUAAGAGAUUAAUAAAAGAAAGUCGGGAAAAGUUCUUUGGUUCCCUAAGCGGAGCUCUACCAUCCAAUCCGAAACUGUUCUGGUCAUUUUUUGAAACAACCACUAAAUCCAGCCGUAUUCCACAGCAAGUUUCCGUCGCGACAGGCAACAAAGACUCCCCACGCUUAGAUUGCACUAAUCAAAAACAAGCUGCAGAAAUGUUCAAUGAUUACUUCCACUCAGUAUUUCUAACAGAAAAGGUGCUGCUAUUUCAAUCCCCACUACACCUGUAUGUGAAGAGACUAUUACUGACAUUAUUUUAGACCCAAGUGAAGUAUAUGACGUUCUUCAUUGCCUCGAUCCUAGUAAAGCAUCUGGUCGUGAUAAUAUACCAAUCCGCUUACUAAAAGAAUGUGCGCACUCCAUCACACCGUCAUUAACGUGUCUCUUCAACAAAUCCUUAAAGCAGGUUUCCCUACCAUCAGAAUGGAAUCUGUCCAACAUCAUCCCUCUUCAUAAAAAAGGAAUCAAGAGUUUUGUUGAGAAUUACAGACCAAUUUCCCUCAUAUGCGUUGUUGCGAAAGGUUUAGAACGUUGUGUUUACAACCGUCUGAUUGGUCAUAUAAAGAACAUGAUAUCCGUUGCACAGCAUGGUUUUCUGAGAGGAAAGUCUUGCACAGGUCAGCUCAUUUCCGUUCUUCACCGCAUCAGUCAAAACUUGGAUUCAGGGGAACAAACAGAUAUCUUGUAUUUCGAUGUUGCUAAAGCGUUUGACACGGUGAAUCAUAACCUUCUUUUAAAGAAACUCCAACGAUUUGGACUUAAGGCCAAUAUUUUAACGCGGUUUAAAAGUUAUUUAUCCGGACGACAACAGCGUGUACUAUUCAAUGGUGAGAUUUCAGAGACUCGUUCAGUUUCCUCCGGCGUUCCGUAA